AUGCCAGGGUCGUCCAGUAAAUCUGCUGAGACAGUUCUUAUGGCCCACUUAUUUCUUCCCUGGCGACCACAACAGGUUUUGCUUCACACGCCAGCCACCCUGGGAGCCCCCGUGACUGGGCGGGAACCCUGGUCCGGGCAUCUCUCAGCCGCCAGCGGGCUGCAGGCGCCCGGACGCCGAGAAGGGCAAUGCCCGCGCGCAGGGUCCCGGUCGGGGCGAGAGCACGGUCCGGUGUCCCCGGGGGCGCUCCUCACCCUCCGGGUCUCCCCAGUCUGCCGCCACCCCUCCAUCAGCCUAGAGCCUGGGAGGAAGGGCGGAGAAAGGGCGGCCCCGGAACACCGACGCCUACAGGAAACCCACCUACCGGCGAGUUCUCAGGGCUGUUCGGCAAGGGAGGGGGAGCCAGCCUCCUUCCCCAUCCGGUGCAUCGGGUCGCGUGGCGGCGGACACUUCCGGCUCCGCCAUACCUCCGCGGGCAGAGCGCCCUUUCCCGGCCGGUGGAACGCGAGGUCACUGCUGCCCCCUGCUGGCUGUCAGGAGGACUCCGACUGCUCCCCUGGGGACCCACCAGAAGACCGUAUCUCUGUCCCAAAAUUUGACAAGACUCCUUGGCUUAGUCAGGCCAGCUUCAUAAACAAGCCACUGGUGCCCAGCAUCCCCAAAAGAUCGUCUCUGAUCUCUUUCAAGAAGAAUAUGAACUUGGCAAAUUCUCUUCAAGUUCCAGGUGUCUUAUCUGAGGCCAGAAGGAACCAGAAUACACCCUUGUGGGCCAGAAACAAGCAGCUCUGUGCCACAUGCCGUGAAAUACAAUUGGAACAAUUAAGAACUUUGCUGAUCCCAAGUAAACCGAAACUACCCUUUGACAAUUCUGUGAUUCCUAGAAUGAAGAGUCACCAUUUGAUAAGUUCCCAUACUGCAUCCAGAGCCACCCGUGUGGAUAUCCCAACAGAGAGCAACCGCUACAGGCUGCCCAUUAUGGGCCCCAGGCUAGCUGUUUUCCAUGGAAUGCUGUCAGAUGCCUACAGAACUCUACAGGAAUCACAACUCUCUUCUAUACCAGAAAAGAAGCCAGAGGGCAAGAUGAAGAGGUGGUAAAUGCUUGGAGCCCAUCCCCCCAUCCCCACCCCUAGAGCAAACACACCCUCACCAAGCCAGUGCCUUCAACCAUUUCCUCCAUCCAAAAAGAUGGCUCAAUUUUGUCUUCCUUAAAGUUGCUAAAAUUCUAACUCUUCCUACUGUCUUCUAAUUCCUCCUGGAGACAAAGUGAUGAUGUUAUAAAGACUGAUUAAA